AUGCUUAGUGACCUGCCGAAGUUGAAUAAGCGUUUAAGCAACGCAUGUUCACAAGAUGCGUGCAUCGCGAGAGCAUACCACAAAAGACGCUUUAGUCGGACGUCUGAUCCACUUGUUUUGGCUUUGCUCGGUACCAAAGGCAUUACUUUCAAGGAGGGCUCAAAUUUUCAACCAGCCGCUACAGCUGUAGCAGCAGAUGAAUCACCUAAAGAAUGGUGCAUCAGUGGCAGUUUCCGAGCCAUCUGA